AUGCACACCAUUCUCAAUAACGAAUGGGACCAAACCGACAUAACGCAACUCACUCUCCGCAAAAUAAAAUUCGAGCAGGAUGCCCCCCAGAGAACAGUAGCCUGGCUCCUCGGCCAAGCCUGGAAACACCUCCCACCAACACCCGACAGCGCCGAUGUCGAGAAUGACUUUAUGAGGAAAUACUCCUCCGACAUGACGAUGGAAGAAUGGGAGGAGAGAAUGGAUAUUCCCGUAAACCCGGACACGGAGACCAUCCACACUCCCUGGCGCGAUAAGAUAUAUUACCUCUGGAACCAUCUCUUCUACGACGUGUCGAAUUUCCUGAAUCGGAUGUAUGAUAAUGCUGGGCAUUUGCACCCGCCGGCUUCGGAUGUUUUUGGGUUGCCCUUCCCGCGGAUGCAUAGUACGGAUGAGGAGAGGGAUAACAUUCGGGUGCUUACGAAGACGUUUGAUACGGAGGUAUUGUUGAUUCCGACAUAUUUGGCGCCCGGGGUGGCUGUACGGGUUGAGACGUUCUCGCCCGGGGAAGAAGGGGGGUGGUGA